UCAACUCUCUGUCUCUCUCCAGGUCUCUCUCUCCCCUCCUCUCCUCUGCAGUGUUUUGAGCUCCAGCAGCCCUUUGAUUACCCCCGAGACGAGGAGGGCGUCCGGACAGCCUGCAUCUUCCCAGAGAGACAGAGAUCUGUAUGCAUAGAAAUAAAGGAAAGUUAACGAGAAGGAGCUAACGAGAAGGCUGCAGUGAAUCAGGCUGAAGGACGCAUGAAGAAACUGGAGCAGGAGAUUGCUGAGCGAAGGAGGAGAAACGCUGAGCUGAAACAGCAUUCAGAGACAGAGGAACACAUCCAUUUUCUACAGAAUUUCCAGUCUCUCUGUGCCCCUCCUGAAGCUGGAGACUUACCCAGCGUUACUGUCAAUACAGACAUCUCUUUUGGGGCCGUGAGGAAAGCUGUAUCUGAACUUACAGACCACAUUGAGGACUUCUGCAAGGGGGAGUUAGUCAAAAUAACCACAACAGUGAACGAAGUUGCAGUUUACAGUCUGCAGGCUCCAGAGCCAAGGAACAGAGCUGAGUUUUUAAAAUAUUCCUGUCAGCUCACACUGGACCCCAACACAGUGCAUAGAAACCUCUGUCUGUCUGAAGGGAACAGAAAGUUGACACUGAGGAGAGAGACCCAGCGAUGUGCUGAUACCCCAGAGAGAUUUGAUUGGUGGUUCCAAGUGCUUUGCAGAGAGGGUUUGUCUGGGACUCGCUGUUACUGGGAGACUGAGUGGAGUGGGGGAGGGGCUGAUAUAGGAGUCACAUAUAAAGGAAUCAGCAGGAAAGGAGGGGCUUGUUCCUGUGCUCUUGGAUUCAAUGACAAGUCCUGGAGUUUGUUCUGCUCUGAUUCCAGUUACACUGCCUGGCACAAUAACAAUGACACUGCAAUAACUGCCCCCCGCUCCCCCAGAAUAGGAGUGUAUCUGGACUUUAAUGCCGGCACUCUGUCCUUUUAUGGCGUCUCUGACACAAUGACCCUCCUGCACAGAUUCCAAACCACAUUCACUGAGCCGCUCUAUCCUGGGAUUAGGCUUUGGCAUGAUAGCCCUCUAACAAUCUGCCAGCUGAACUAGACUGUCUUGUGUUGUAAGAAACCCUUUGUAUUGAACUCCCUGUCUGUCCUCUCCACUCCUCGGCUGAAGGGAAUGUUCAGUCUGACACAACUUUGGAUGAAAGUUAGGGGGUAAAACGGCGCCCCCUGCAGAGUGAAACGAGGUGAAUUAUUUGUUUUUACACUUGGGGCCGAGGCAGCCUCAUUUUUACUGUUUAAUCUGUCAGGGGAGUGUUUUUGUAAUUGUAAACACUCACAACUGGACAGCUGUUUCAGCAUCAAAUGUUCAAUAUGUCCUGAGUAUUUAUUGAUUACAAACACACACACAGCACCAAGUGGCAGACUUAGUUGGCAUCUCUGCACAGUGCUAGAAUUCCCACAGCAAGUACUGAGAAGUAUCUCUUAAACUGAUUGUAGCUCACUAAAUAAUCCCACAAUGUGUUCCUGUAUUUUAUAGGAAUAGGCUUCAUACAUACCUUUAUACAGGCAAGCAAUAGGUACAAGAUGCCUUUUCCUUGUGUUAUUAUUAUAAUUUUGUUUGUAAAUGAUCCCAUUCUGAAAUGGUUGGAUAAUUACCCUAACGAGCAUUUAAUUAGAUGCACUGGGUCUACUCGUCAGGCAGUUCAAAGUUUCAAUAUUAUCACUGUUUGCUUAAUUUAACAAUAAUGUGAGUGAAAUAUCAUCACAAGAAAGAAGACAUUUCCAUGGAUAUCGUAAAUCCCAAUCAAAUUGCAUUACAUGUGCAAUCUGCCCACAGUGGAAAAGCAGAAACGUGUUUUAAGCCUGGCCUUUGUCGCCCUCUUCAGGACAAACUCUGCAGCUGCGCAGAGCCUGAUUGAAAGCAAUUCUCUUCACUUGGUGUGGUUCCAUUGGAAAUGUAGGGCCCUAUUCACACAACCUUGAGGACUGUUCUAAGCGCUGUUUUAUUAAAGACUCUUUAUUGAAGAAAAAAAACAACAACUUUUUUUCGUAGUUUAAAUCAAGGUGUUUAGAGAGGGGGAGAAGUUUGUUUGUUAAUUUUAUUGUUUAUUAUUAUUCAAAGCACUGUUUAAGGUCAGCAAUCUUUAUAAUCAGGUUUUA